UUUUUUUUCAAUUAUGGAACACUCUUAAGCAAAAGUACUUCAGUUUAAAGAUGGGAAAAAAACAAAUGGCAUACAUAAUAUCUAAUGUUUAUCGGAGUUGUGUGUCUGUAAGGCUACAGGUCUUGUAGUUGAAAUAGCAAUGGCAUCCCUUCCUCUUCUAGUCGCAGCCCAUGGCUGCGCUGUUCGGUCUACACCUCGACCAACGGCCCCAGCAUUUCCUGGGUUUCAUCGCCCCACUGAAACAACUCAGACUCUUCCUAAACUUAAUCCAAACUUUCGGAGUCUCACUUUCAGAGCCGAAGGGGCGUUAAGAUGUCAAAUGAGGCAAAGGCUACCGAUUGCCUAUGCAUCAAACUCAAACCCUUCAGGUGGUGGUUCCAUUGAAGAAAGAUCGGGUGAAAAGACGAGCAAUGCCGCCAAAGGUCCUCCCUUCCUUACCAUCGUUGCUGGAAUAGUGGUCUUUUGUAGUGUAUGUUGGGUUAUUGGAUCAAUUUUAAUAUGGCUAAUUAGUCUUAUUGCCAAUUUCCUUCCAAAGUAGGGUGCCAGAACACGGGCACUACUUUCAUGUUAAUACUCAUACUGAAUAAGCCUACUUUGUCUCCAUUUAUGCAUGUCUUUUUAACCAAUUAGUACUUGAUGAUCUAUUAAUGAUAUGUGUAUAAAUAAAAUCUAUCAACAAAAGGAAAAAAACAUGAUGAUCUAUUUCCAGCAUUG